UUUUAUUUGACCUUGACGAUGGUUUUGACUGAGUGCGAAUUGUGUUGAAAUUUAGAAAGUAGUGCCAUUCAGGAAGCUGUUUUUUCUAUCUACCUACACUUAGAUUCAAUUAAAAUCAUUGAUUGAUGAUGCUGGUGUUACAUAUCCUUUGUUUGAUAUGUACACUGAAUUUUGUGGUCGGAUGGGAAUGGGUUAACGAUUAUGAUGGAGAUAUGUAUUUUGAAUGUCCACGAGGAAAAGCCAUAUCUUACCUCUAUAGUACACAUCACAACCGUCAUGAAGAUCGUAAAUGGGCAUUAGAAUGUAGAAGUACUGGAAGCGAAAGCCACAGCUGUUACAAGACACCUCAUUAUGUGAAUGACUGGGAUGAAUUCUUCAGCUUUGAAUGCAACAAUUCUGGAUUCAUAUGUGGUAUGGACAGCAUACAUGACAAUCGCCGUGAGGACAGACGGUUUAGGUUUCAAUGUUGCUCAAUUGCUGGAAAGGAUCUCAGUCAAUGUUAUAGAACCUGGAGAAAUCGAUACGACUAUCCCGAUUCAGUGCGUGUACCAAACGGUUACGUUAUAAGAGGUGUUUCCAGUACACAUGACAACCGCAAAGAAGAUCGACGAUACAGCUGGGAAGUAUGCCAGUUGGUGAAUCGUGGAUAGUUUUCCAUAUAUGAGGAUUUUGAGAGCUUAACAUCAAUUUAACAUCGAACUUUAACAUUAAUAAUCUAUUCUAUGAAAAAUGCUUCUUUGUUCACAGCAUACAAAAAUAAAUUUAAUUAUAGUUA